AUGCCUUCUGCUCUUAUUCUCAUCGCCAAUGGAACUGAAGAAAUGGAGUUCACCAUCACAUAUGAUACGCUUGUGCGAGCUGGCGUGAAGACGGUUUCUGCAUAUGUGGCCGAAUAUCCGUCAACCGAUGUUGGUGGAGACAGGAGCCCUGUUGUGGCAAAAUGCUCGCGAGGCAUGAAGAUCCUCCCAGAUAUGCUUUUUGACUUGUCUUCUUGUGGACCGGAUGUUUAUGACCUCAUCGUGAUACCAGGAGGUGCACAAGGCGCAGAGACGAUGUCAAAGCAUCCUUCCGUCCAGGAGGUCAUUAAAAGAUACAUAGAAAGAAACAAGCUGGUUGCCAUGAUCUGUGCCGGUAGCCUUGCUGCGAAAACAGCAGGUUUGGCUAGACAACCUUUGACGUCCCAUCCAAGUGUCAAAGCACAGUUGGAUCACGACUUUGAUUACUUGGAAGAUCCCGUCGUUGUAUCUGAUAAUCUCAUAACCAGUCGAGGUCCAGGCACCGCAUUUCCCUUCGCGCUGACCUUAGUUGAACUACUCAUUGGGUCAGAGAAACGGGCAGAGAUCAGAGCGCCCAUGGUUUUUCCUUCCAACACUCCGUUUUAG